ACACAGCAAGCAUACAUGUAAACCACACACUUGCCACUCCAGCUGCCUCAGUGCUGCAGAGCCCCUCUCCUCGGAUCCCUGUGCACACUGGAGGGAAGUAAAACCUACCCAGACAGGAAGUGAAGCAGUUGGUGAGCUUUUCUGGUGCUCUGCACAGAUGCUGGGGCACUAAGCAAACAGCCAUCAGUUUCUGGAGCUGUUCCGAGUCCCGUGGAGUGUCCAUUGGAACCAUUUCCUCGUCCAGGCAUCCCGAUGUUGGUGGAUGGCCCAUCUGAGUGGCCAGCCCUGCGCUUCUUGCUGUUGGCUGUGGCAAUGUCUUUCUUCCGCUCAGCUCUAUCCAUAGAUGAGGCGCAUCUGUUGUUGAAAGAAAAAAUGAUGCGGCUGGGGGGGCCGCUGGUGCUGAACACCAAGGAGGAGCAGGCCAAUGAGAGGCUCAUGAUGCUCAAAAUCGCUGAGAUGAAGGAGGCCAUGAAGACCCUGAUAUUCCCACCCAGCAUGCACUUUUUCCAGGCUAAGCAUCUCAUUGAGAGAAGUCAAGUGUUUAAUAUUCUAAGGAUGAUGCCAAAAGGGGCUGCCUUGCACCUCCAUGACACUGGCAUCGUGACUAUGGACUGGCUGGUGAGGAAUGUCACCUACAGGCCUCACUGCCACAUCUGUUUCACCUCGAAGGGGAUCAUGCAGUUUAGAUUUGCUCACCCAACUCCCCGUACAUCAGAAAAAUGUUCCAAGUGGAUCCUGCUGGAGGAUUAUCGGAAGCGGGUGCAGAACGUCACUGAGUUUGACGACAGCUUGCUGAGGAAUUUCACUCUGGUGACCCAGCACCCGGAGGUGAUUUACACAAACCAAAAUGUUGUCUGGUCGAAAUUUCAAACCAUCUUCUUCACCAUCUCUGGUCUCAUCCGUUACGCACCAGUGUUCAGAGACUAUGUCUUCCGGAGCAUGCAGGAAUUCUACGAGGACAACGUGCUCUACAUGGAGAUCAGAGCCAGGCUACUGCCGGUGUAUGAGCUCAGUGGAGAGCACCACGACGAAGAGUGGUCAGUGAAGACUUACCAGGAAGUAGCUCAGAAGUUUGUGGAAACUCACCCUGAGUUUAUUGGAAUCAAAAUCAUUUAUUCGGAUGACAGAUCCAAAGAUGUGGCUGUCAUCGCAGAAUCCAUCCGAACGGCCAUGGGGCUCCGAACCAAGUUCCCCACGGUGGUGGCAGGGUUUGAUCUGGUGGGCCAUGAGGACACUGGCCACUCCUUGCAUGACUACAAGGAAGCUCUGAUGAUCCCCGCCAGGGAUGGCGUUAAGCUGCCUUACUUCUUCCACGCCGGAGAGACAGAUUGGCAGGGCACUUCCAUAGACAAGAACAUUCUGGAUGCUCUGAUGCUGAACACUACCAGAAUCGGCCAUGGAUUUGCUUUGAGUAAACACCCUGCAGCCAGGGCUUACUCCUGGAAAAAGGACAUCCCCAUAGAAGUCUGUCCCAUCUCUAACCAGGUGCUGAAACUGGUGUCUGACUUGAGGAACCACCCUGUAGCCGCUCUGAUGGCCAUUGGGCACCCCAUGGUAAUCAGCUCUGAUGACCCAGCCAUGUUUGGUGCCAAAGGCUUGUCGUACGAUUUCUAUGAAGCCUUCAUGGGCAUUGGGGGGAUGAAGGCUGACCUGAGGACCCUCAAACAGCUGGCCAUGAACUCCAUCAGGUACAGCAGCCUGUUGGAGACGGAGAAAAAUACUUUCAUGGAAAUCUGGAAGAAGAGAUGGGAUAAGUUCAUAGCGGAUGUGGCCACAAAGUGAGGAGAAGCUAGCCAGCCCUCCACAAGCUGUCUUCUCACACCCGCUGUCACUGCCUCUCACUCGUUCUUGAAUCAGCUCCAUGUCCCCAUCAAAUCAACGGCCUCUGUAUGGAGCGACCCUGUCAGAAGCACUUGGCUGGCUGACCAAAUUCAUCCUCUGGAAAUAUUCUCUCUCAAUCACAGUGACAUUGACCUUCUUGGUUUUCUCCUCUCUCUGGCCAUUUCUUCCAGUUUCCCUAUUUCAGAGUCUCCUCCUCUCUCUGAUCUCUGUGCUGUUUCCUCAGGACUCAGUCCUGGGCUUUCUUCUAUUCUGAUCUCUUUUUUUUUUUAUUUUUUAAAUUUUUUUGAGAUGGAGUUUUGCUCUUGUUGCCCAGGCUGGAGUGCAGUGGCGCGAUCUCGGCUCAGUGCAACCUCCGCUUCCUGGGUUCAGGCAAUUCUCCUGCCUCAGCCUCCCGAGUAGCUGGGAUUAUAGGCAUGUGCCACCACACCCAGCUGAUGUUUGCAUUUUUAGUAGAGACAGGUUUUCACCAUGUUGGUCAGGAUGAUCUCGAUCUCUUGACUUCGUGAUCUGCCCACCUCUGCCUCCCAAAGUGCUGGUAUUACAGGCCAAGCCACCAUGCCUGGCCUCUUCUGGUCUCUUUAACUCUCUCCUCUUUAUUUCUCUUCUCUCUCUGUACUCUUUUCCUGGGUAGUCUCAUCCAUUCCUUUGCUUUUUCAUACCAUUUAUUUGUUCAUGAUUCCCACAUUGAUUCAUGCACUUGGAGAGCUCACAGGAAUCUCAGAAACUGACGAGGUACAAUUCUGGACCCUCAGUCUCUUCCCUUUAAACCUUUCUUUUUCUCUCUCUUAAUUUUUCUAAAGAGUGUCUUGCUACAUUGCCCAGGUUGGUCUCCAACUCCUGGUGAUCCUCCUGCCACAGUCUCCCGAAGUGCUGGGAUUACUGACAUGAGCCACCACACUCAGCCGUUUAAACUUUUCCCUGGCCUUUCCCAUAGCUGGUGAAAGACACCUCCAUCUAUUCCACCCAGUUGCUCAAAGCAGGAAUUUUCAGUGCAAGUCUUGUUGCUGCGCUGUCCUCCACUCCCUAUAUCAGAACGCAUCCCGCAUCCGGACUCCAACAGUGGCACUCUACCUGCACGCUGCUGCCCAGUCCACGCCACCAUCCUCCUGCCCGAGCUAUGACAACACCUCCUCACUGAUCUCCCCUUUCUUCCCUUUGCCUCCUCCAGCUCAUUUUUCACAGAGUAGAAUGGCAUUUUGUUUGUUUGUUUUGUUUUGUUUGAGAUGGAGUCUCGCUGUGUCGCCCAGGCUGGAGUGCAGUGGUACCAUCUCAGCUCACUGCGAGCUCCGCCUCCCAGGUUCACGCCAUUCUCCUGC